UAUUUGUAGGAAGUUUGCUAAAUAAGAUAUCGAAAUGCUUCAAGAUGGAUCAGAAGACCCGCAGUGUCUUGGUGACGCAUAUAUAUAAGGAGGGGGUAUCGGCCGAUGUCUGCCUGGACAUUCCGGGUUCACUGUAGUUCAGCGCAAUUACUCCAGAAAUAACCCCUUUAUUGAACUCAACUCAUAAGGAUAUAAAACCUCCAAUAUGCAUCUGUCAACACAUACGUGGAUGCGACCGGAACCCCUUGAGGUAACCCUCAGGAGGGCAGCCUCACUCGGCUACACUUCAAUUGAGAUCGCCGGUGAGCCAGAUCGAUACGCCAUCGAUGAGACGAAGGCUCUCUUGAAGAAAUACAACAUAGCUUGCUGGGGUGCCGUCACUAUAAUGUACGGCUCCCGAAAUCUAGCGGCGGCCGAUAAGGCCGAGCGGGAAGACACAAUUAAUUAUAUGAAGAAAGUCGUCGACCUAUCUGCGGGACUAGGGGGAGAGAUUAUAACACUCGUCCCUGGAACCGUCGGCAAGCUACAGCCAAGCGCGAGCUCCCAAGAGGAAUGGACUUGGGUCGUCCAAGGUGUGCGAGAAGUCGCUCUGUACGCCGCGGAAAAGGGGAUCCGUGUCGCGGUAGAACCGCUCAACCGUUUCGAGACAUACUUGGUUAUGAACACUUCCCAGGCGCUACAGGUCAUCGAGGAGGUGAAUCUGCCAAAUGUCGGCGUUGCAUUUGACCCCUUUCACCUCAACAUCGAAGAGCCGGACCUCUUCGCCGCCAUACGGAGAUGCGGCGAUAAGAUCUUUGACGUGCAUCUCGGAGAUAACAACCGUCUUGCCUGUGGUGACGGGACUAUAGAUUGGCCCAAGUUCAUCAAGACACUGCGCGAAGUCGGAUACAAAGGAGGCUUAGCGCAUGAGUCUAUGCCGCCGGUUGAUCGGACCUCGCGCGGCGCCUUCGGCUCGAAGCAGCUUGAGGAAGAGCCGUGGGAUGUGGACGCGGGGACUUUGCAGUUUUUGAAGGACCAUGCUAGUGGUGUUCUCAGGGAGAACUAUUACCAUGGAUUGUUGGCGAAGACGGCGGAAACCAUAUUGCCGUUGAUCAAGUAGGCGGGAUAGGUCAAUGGUUGGGAAUACGAGGUGCUUCUAUCGUAUCCUAUAACCGAAGUAUGAUUCCCUCGCUUAGUAUCGUUGGUCCUAUCCCUAGCUUGGUACAUACAUUGUGGGGUUAGGUAGUUUAUAGACUUCAUAGAUCUCGUGAUGCUAUGACAUUGUGUCAUUGCGUAUGAAGACGAACG